AUGACGUUAACCCUGACAUCCGGACAAGACCAACGUUUGAAGGACAAAGUGAUUGUUGUCUCCGGAGCUGGGCAGGGAUUAGGUCUGGUCCAGGCCGAAGCUCUUCUAGAAGCAGGCGCAAUAGUUCAUGCAGUGGACCGCAAACCUGAGCCAGAUCCGGACUUCACGCGCGUUGCAGAACGGGCCAAGAAUGAGCUCGGAACCAGCAUCACUUAUCAUCGCAUUGAUGUCCGAGAUGUCACUAGCUUGAAUGGCACUAUUGAGGGCAUUGCCAACGAGCACGGUCGGUUGGACGGACUUGUUGCUGCUGCCGGAAUCCAGCAAGAAACUCCGGCCCUAGACUAUACGCUCGAGGAUGUGGACAAGAUGAUGGGAGUUAACGUUGCGGGCUGCUUCAUGACUGCACAGGCCGUAGCACGGCAGAUGCGCCGUCUCGAGCAGCCUGGUAGCCUCGUUCUCAUUGCUAGCAUGAGCGGCACGAUCGCGAACCGCGGUUUGAUUUGCCCGGCAUAUAACGCGUCAAAGGCCGCGGUCAUCCAGCUGGCCCGCAACCUUGCAUCUGAAUGGGGUCAGUAUGGCAUCCGCGUCAACACCAUCUCGCCAGGCUACAUCGUCACGGCCAUGACUGCCGCUUUGUUCAAGACAUAUCCCGAGCGCCUGGAGAACUGGCCCAAGGACAAUAUGCUGAACAGACUCAGCAAACCUGAGGAAUAUCGCGGAGCUGCUGUGUUCCUCCUCAGUGACGCCAGUAGCUUUAUGACCGGGUCUGAUCUCAGAAUUGACGGUGGCCAUGCGGCGUGGUAA